CCACAGAGAGAGACAGAUAGUACAAUUCUGUUAUCUUCUUCCGUUCUUUGUCUCCCUGUGAAUUAACAGAGUAGCAGAGCUUUGUUCGUUGGUGUCAGAGAUGGGGAAGCCGAAUGAAAAAGAGAAGAAGAUGGUUCUGGGUGUAGUGUGGAACUGCGUGACGGAGCUUAAGUUUCUUUUAACGGCUCUUUUACUUCUAGCUGGCAUUGCCACUCUGUUCCAACUCCUGCCUUCGUCUCCUUUCAAUGUUACCGCUUCUGAUCUCCGCCUCUGUAUCUCCAGAAUCUCCUCUCCCUUCCCUAACGUUGCCACUCCAAACAUCUCCCUAAGCCCGCCAGUAGCCGAGCCGCCCCUCUUGCAACCAUCGUCACCUCCGUCGCCGCCGUCUGUCGAACGAGAUCAGGUCCUCGAGAAUGGAAUCUUAAAGCGAGCGUUCAAUGGGUACGGUUCAGCCGCCUAUAAUUUCAUCACCAUGGGUGCUUACAGAGGCGGUCUCAACACUUUUGCUGUCGUGGGUCUCUCCUCCAAGCCUCUACAUGUGUAUAGCAGACCCAGUUACCAGUGCGAGUGGGUCUCUGGUUCCAAUUCCUCCUCCUCUGUCACCACUAUUGGUAAGAAGAUUCUCCCAGAUUGGGGAUAUGGUCGAGUCUACACCGUCGUCGUUGUGAACUGCGCUUUUGAGCACCCAAUCAAUGGCGAAAACUCCGGUGGGAAGCUUAUCCUCCACGCCUCCACUUCCGGAGGCGGAGACACGAAGUUUAACAUCACCGACAGAUUUGAGGUUCUUGAAGAGGCAGCAGGUGGCCUAGACGUGAAAAUAUUCACUGCAAAGCCAAAGUACGAUUACUUUUAUUGUGGGUCGCCUUUGUACGGCAAUUUGAGCCCGCAGAGAGUGAGAGAGUGGAUAGCGUACCACGUGAGGCUGUUCGGUGCGAAAUCCCAUUUUGUGAUACACGACGCCGGAGGGAUUCAUGAGGAGGUUAUGGAGGUGUUGAAGCCAUGGAUGGAGCUGGGUUAUGUCACUCUGCAGGAUAUAAGGGAACAGGAAAGAUUUGAUGGGUAUUAUCACAAUCAGUUCAUGGUGGUGAACGAUUGUUUACACAGGUACAAAUUUAUGGCGAAGUGGAUGUUCUUCUUUGAUGUUGAUGAGUAUAUUUAUGUGAAACCGAAGAAUAACCUCAAGUCGGUGCUCGAUUCUCUGUCGGAGUAUGCUCAAUUCACUAUUGAACAGAUGCCCAUGAACAGCAAGCUCUGCCUCACUGCGGAUAACCACAAAGUACACAGGAAAUGGGGAUUUGAGAAGCUUGUAUAUAGAGACGUGAAGAGAGGCAUAAGAAGGGAUCGCAAAUAUGCAGUUCAACCUCGAAGUGUCUUUGCCACUGGAGUGCACAUGUCACAGAACGUAGAUGGCAGGACAGCACACCGAAUAGAGAGCAAAAUCAAGUAUUACCAUUACCAUGGAACCAUUGCACAAAGGCGUGAGCCAUGUCGAAACCUGUUGAAUGUGACACAGUUAGAAUUUGAAAAAAUCCCUUAUGUUCUGGACACCACAUUGAGGGACAUUGCUUUGGGUGUCAAGAAAUUUGAGCUCAAAAUGAUUGGCACUAGAUUACAGAAUACCCGGCAAUGACUCCAAGCCACUCCGGCCUCACACUCAUCUUUUUUCUCCUAAUUUUUUCUCUGAAGUUGACAGGGUAGCGGGUACAUUUGGGUUCUUCUUUUUGUAUGAUAGUUUUUCUUUUUUUAUGAGUAUAGAUACAGGUGGUAUAUAUUAUAUGAUGAUGCUCUAAGAGACAUAUGGGAGGUGUUGCAUUCUUUGUCUAUACAUAUAUACAUAUAUAUAUUUUUUCAUGUAGCAUUGAAGUUGAUAGCUUUAUUUUUUUGUUUAUAACUAUAAUAAAGAGGAUAAGAGUAAUAAUUUGUUUGAUUC